CUCAUUUCUCUGUCCUUCAUCACCUAUUGCACUUUCUUCUUCCAUAUUAGCUGUUCUUUUUUGUUAUCUUUUGCUUUUGAAAGAAUGUCACUGAAACUUUUCACCAUCAUUUCUUUCCGCCAAAUUCACAUUCAUACCACCAAAAAAUGGCAUCUUUGCAGGAACUGCUUGCAGAAGAAGGAUUUGUGGGUAAAAAAUUUCUAAAAAGCCAGAAAAAAGUGAGGUUCAGAGACAGAAUUGCACCGCAAGAGUCAGUUGCUUUGCCAAUUUACAUCUGCCAUGACCGUAAAAGCCUUGAUUUUUCCAAGCAGAAGAUUGAGAAGGCCUUUUCACGUAAUGGGUCUUCUGUGUUUUCGUCAAGAAGUAAUUCAGAAUUCGGGAGAACAAAUUUAAGGUCUGUAUCGGAGGGUGCGUCGAGGAACGAUGAGCCUGCAAUUGAUGAAGUUGCUAUUAGAGCAGUGGUUUCCAUACUAAGUGGCUAUGUAGGCCAGUAUUUGAGAGAUGAAAAAUUUCGUGAAAAUGUCAGAGAGAAGUGUUUUUCUUGCUUUGUGAGGAGAAGAAAGGAUUCGGGUAAUGGGAUUUUCACGAAUUUUGAAUUGGGUGUUGAGAGUAUUGAGAAACUGGUGGAGAAUCGAAGUACAAAGAAAGAACUGAGGAUAAUAGCUUUGAGAAAUUCAAUUACGCUUUUGAGUAUUGUUGCAUCAUUGGAUUCGAAAGGCUCAAAGAAUGGUUCAACUUCUGGAACACCCAAUUCGCAUCUCUCUGCGUGUGCUCAGUUGUACUUAUCCAUUGUUUAUAAGCUCGAGAAAAAAGAUAGAAUUUCAGCAAGACACCUUCUACAAGUAUUCUGUGAUGCACCGUUUAUUGCCCGAACUCAUUUACUUCCUGAACUUUGGGAGCAUUUUUUUCUUCCCCACCUUCUCCACAUUAAUGUUUGGUACAGUAAAGAACUUGAAUUUCUCUCCAAUUCUGACUAUGCUGACAGAGAGAGAAGAAUGAAAGAUUUGAACAAUGUCUACAAUGACCAAAUUGAUUGUGGUACAAUUCAAUUUGCUCUUUACUAUAAGGAAUGGCUUAAAGUUGGUGUCCAAGCCCCUCCAGUUCCUGCUGUACCUUUGCCCUCCAAACUAAGUUAUGGGAGUGAAAGAAGGAAGUCUUCAGAUUCAUUUACUUCACAUUCCUCCAUUAAUAGAUCUUUGUAUAGCGCUGUAUUUAGCCCCAUGUUUGAGCGGCGGUCUAUGGACCUUGAUGCUAGAGCUGGUGCAUCAAUCAAUUCAUGGGGUUUGGAGGAAGAAGAAAAAGUAUGUAUGGAGGAAAAUAAUAUCAAGCAACAUGGUUAUCUUGAAAGGAAAACUGGAGCUCAUCGACGAUCAUCAAACCAAAAUUAUAGAGAUCGGAAAGCUGAAUUUCGGCCCGAGAUUCAGAAGUCCGAUUAUUUUCAGUUUCUCACCUGUAGGAGUGAACCAGCAGGAUGCUUAGUGCACAGCAACCAUACGCCCAGCACAAUUGAGAAGACAGAAAAUACCAGCAUUCUUCCUUCAAGAAAUCUAAGAGAAGCCAUUAACACAAUUUGCUGCUCGGAUAGCCUAACUGAUUGUGAAAGAGCAAUCCGCGUGAUUACAAAAGUUUGGAUAUAUUCACAUGGAGAUCCCAUAAUUGAAACCACAUUAUCGAAGAAACAAGUGAUCGAGGGAAUGCUAGAGGUUUUGUUUGCUUCCAAUGAUGAUGAAAUUCUUGAACUAGCAAUCUCGAUUUUAGCAGAACUUGUAACAAGGAAAGAAAUGAACGGGCAGAUCAUACUGAAUUCGGAUCCACAGCUUGAUAUCUUCAUGAGACUAUUAAGAAGUAGUAGUCUGUUUCUAAAAGCCGCAGCCUUGCUUUACUUAGUGAAGCCAAAGGCAAAGCAGAUGAUAUCAAUCGAAUGGGUUCCAUUAGUCCUUCGAGUGUUGGAGUUCGGGGAUCAGUUGCAGACCUUAUUCACCUUCCAAUGCAGCCCUCAAGUGGCAGCAUAUUACUUCUUGGAUCAACUUCUUGAGGGUUUUGAUGAAGAUAAAAAUUUGGAGAAUGCUAGACAAGUUGUCUUGCUUGGUGGGCUCAGGCUGCUUGUCAGGAGGAUCGAGGCAGGCGACAUUAGUGAGAAGAACAAAGCUGUUACUGCCAUUUACUGUUGUAUUCGAGCUGAUGGAAGAUGUCGGCACUUCAUAGCCAACAAUCUGAACAAGGAUUCUGUUAUUUCACUCCUUGUCUUGGGAAAGCAGGUGGAUUACCCCGGGCAGACCUUGGCUUUGCUAACAGAGUUACUCUGCCUCCAAAGAUAUACUGAGAGAACGAAGUUCUUAAACGGACUAAUAAGUGGAUGGGGAAGUUUGAACACCAUGCACAUUUUGUUAGUAUACCUCCGAAAGGCCAAACUGGAAGAACGUCCCAUGGUUGCAGCCAUACUGUUACAGCUUGAUCUUUUGGGGGAUCCUUUGAAGUGUAGUGUCUAUAGAGAAGAAGCAGUAGAGGCUAUAGUUGCCUCUUUGGAUUGUCAAAUAUGCAAUGAAAAGGUCCAGGAACAAUCAGCCAGAGCUCUUUUGAUGUUGGGAGGUCGAUUUUCAUACACUGGAGAGCCAGAAGCAGAGAAAUGGAUCCUAAAAGAAGCUGGCUUUGAUGAGAGUUCAGGGCAUUCAUUUAAUGGAAAGGAUAUCGUCACUGACAGAUUCGUGCACAAUGAAGAGGAAGACGCAAUGGAAAAUUGGCAAAGGAAAGCAGCAAUUGUCUUACUCACCAGUGGAAACAACAGUUUCCUCGCUGCUCUUUCGGAUUCCAUAGCCAAUGGCAUCCCUUGUUUAACUCGAGCCAGUAUUGUCACUGUUUCGUGGAUGAGCAGAUUUCUCCUUCAGAUCGGAGAUGAUAACCUCCAUUUUGUGGCGUGUUCAAUCCUUGUACCAGGGCUGAUAGAAUCACUGAAUUAUGACAAAUCUCUUGAGGAAAGGAUUCUUGCUUCAUUUUCAUUAUUCAAUCUCAUAAAAAACUCAGAAUAUGUGCCUAAAAUCUCACCAGUGGAUGAAGAGUUUAUGGCUCACCUCCGGAACCUCUCCCAGGUGACAUGGACAGCCAGUGAGCUUAUUUCAAUGAUCACAAGCCCUUCGAGCCGCAAAUAUCCAGACCUAGACAGUGAAGAUUCUUAAAGAAAUUCAAUUCCUUUGACAGUAGCAGUUUUUCAUCCCCGGAUGAAUUAUUUUACAAGUGUAUCAAUUAAAAUGUUGUUUCUUAUAGUUAAUGUAUACAGUUUCUGAUCUUCUAAUGUUUAAUUUAAGUAUAUAUACAGUAGGAUCUUUCUCUGUUUUUUUUUUACCCUUGGCAAAGUUCCUCACCAAUUUUAAGUUCUGAAACAACCCAGAAAGUAUUUUGAUCAUAUCAGGACC